UGUUGAUUGGUGUACUAUGGAGAGAGAUCUGCAUUAAUGAGUGCACUUGUAGGUCUUCUCUCCUCAGAUACAUCUCUUACAUGUCUUAUCUCUUAACACCACAUACCUCUGCUGCCACAUGAUUUUUUCGUAACGACGAAAGACCCCCCAAGCCCCCUGGGUAGUGGGGUUAGAGCUUCAUCUGCUGGUGCAGAAGGUGCUGUUCAGAUUAGCCAGCCCGUAGCGGCAGCUAUAGGCAUUUAGACAGACAUUGCUAACGCUUUACAGGGUACAGGGUACGUACGGAAGUAACAUUAAUAAGCGGAAGCAGCAGCUUUAGUUCCUCGUUCAGAAGCCCAUUACAGUUCCACACUGCAGAAUGGAACCUCUGAUCAUCAUCGUUCUGGCUUUCUCUGCGAUCUCAGUUUUCAGAGCAGAGGAGUUUUUGUUUGUGCGGAAGGGAAGGUCUGUUCGUCUGGAUGUGCAGGGAUAUGAAGGACUCCGGUUUCACACCCUUUACUGGAAGUUCAAUAGCAAAGAAACUAUACUAGAAUACAGUAAUAAGUAUAAAGGUCUGACAUCAUUUGAAGAUUAUGAAAACAGGACUGAAUUUGAUCAAAAGAACUUCACUCUGCUGCUGAAGAACGUGCAGGAGAGAGACAGUGGGAUCUACACAGCAGAGAUAACUGAUGCUAAAGGAAAGGACAGAGAUGUUGCUUCCUACAGGCUCACAGUUCAAGAGGCCCCGCCCACACCCGAGGUGGGAGUGGCGUUACUCUCCUCUGCUGGAGGGUUCUGUAAGGUGUCGGUGAACUGCUCUGCUAACGACACCUGGGCCAGCUACACCUGUAACCACGCCCACUGCACAAAGGUAGCAAAUACAACCUUGUCAACAGAAGUCAAGAUCACUGUCACGGCAACCAAGGAGGCUAUCAGCUGCAGCAGCAGUAACCGGGUCGGCACAAAGAUGCAAUCAAAAUCCACAAAGCACGUCUGUACACCGAUCAAUGAGAACAAUCAAGGGGAGUCAUGGGGAGUCACUGUGGGAGUCAUUGUGGGAGUCAUUGUUGCCGCCGUCAUCAGCAUUACUGUCUUUGUCAUUUAUAAAAAGAGGAGGAAAUCUGGAGGGUCCCAGAUACAGGAAAGGUGCAAUACUGAAUAUGCUUCUGUUGAGGGCCCGGCUGUGGUGCUCAGAAAUCCAAGCACAGUAGAAACCAUGCAUGAUGCAGUCACCACUGCAAACCCAGAGUGCCACCUGGAGGUGAGCACAGUCUAUGAUGUGUUGGGACCAGCAGGAGACCCUCCAACACAACCUGAGUCCAUAUAUGCUGCCGUGAAUAAGGUUGCAUCUUAACCCUUAGAAGAGUAGACUAUCUGGGCCGUCUGGGUAGUGUAGAGGUAUAAGCACUCUACCUCUGACUACCGCCGCAGAGACCCCGGUUCAUUCCCUGGCAGCGGUACUUCCGGCUUGGUCAGACGUUCCUACGAACACAAUUGGCAGUGUUCGCGGGUGGGAAGCCGGUGAGGGCAUGAGUCCUGAUCGUUGCAUUAGCUACUCCUACUGGUUAGUCGGGACGCCUGUUCAGCAGGGAGGGGAUCUGGGAGAGAUAGCGUGAGCCUCCGCAUGCGUUACGCUCUCCCAGUGAAACUCCUUGCUGUCAGGUGAAAAGAAGCGUCUGGUGACUCCACAUCUGUAUCAGAGGCUGGCAUGUGGUAGUCGACACCCUGCCCAGACCAACAGAGGAUAGCGCAUCGACCAGGACUGUGAUACACAUGGGGAAUUGGUAUAACGACUAAAUUGGGGAGAAAAUGUCAAAAAAAAGAAGAGUAGACUUUCUGGAAUGUUUUCAAAAUUGGAGUUCUAGAACUUCAUUGCUUUCAAUUAAAGGCAGCUAUUCUUACACCAGCAUCCCAAUGUUCAGUCACAAGCAUUCCAAUAACAUAUUUGUGAUCUUGCACCUUAAUGGGUUAAUAAGAUUCUAUUCAUUCAUGCUGCUGAUCUUCCAGUGCUGUGAUUGGUCCAAAACAUUUAGCACAAAGAAUCCAAUGACCCAAAUGUCUCACAUAAUUGUUCUGUUGCAAACUGUUCACCAUGGAGUCUCUCAGCAAUGCUUUCCUUCAUGCACCUGCCACACAGCCCCCUUCUAUGGAGGGAUAUUGUUGACUGAGUAUUUAUUUAUUUUUUAUUUUUUUGCAUUUUAUUGUGGAACAUUUAAGCUGUGGAACGUUUCGACUGUGGAACAUUUCAGCUGUGGAACGUUUUGACUGUGGAACAUUUCAGCUGUGGAACGUUUUGACUGUGGAACGUUUUGACUGUGGAACAUUUCGGCUGUGGAACGUUUUGACUGUGGAACAUUUAAGCUGUGGAACAUUUCAGCUGUGGAACGUUUUGACUGUGGAACAUUUCGGCUGUGGAACUCUUGAGCCGUUUCAGAGUGACAGCUGUCCUCACAGUGCUUUUUUUAGCGUGUGUAUUCUGCACCGCCAGCUCGGUUUUGAGUGACCUGCCAGAUCCAGACGGGUCUUGGUGAGGGGCACCAAAAUCAGGGUCGCCCCAUCCUGUAGGUGAGAUACGAACUGCGCAUUUGGCCCUGCCUUCCUUGAAAAGAGUGUGGGGUCAACAUAUUUUUUUUUAGCCCUGAUUUUCCCAAUUCGAACGCAACCAAACUUCUCGAUCUCCCGCCGCAACUUCUCAUGCUGAUGUCAGGAGGAGAUGCAAGUCAUGAUGCAAGUCAUGUGACUCCUCCGAUUCAUGCUGAGUCAGCGGCCUCUUUCCAAUCCCUUCUCAAGAUCCAGUUUUACUGACCUGCCUUUUACAACGAAUGAUCUGUAUUUUUACUUCUGUUUCAUCCAUUUUUAUCUUCUUACAUUGUUGUCUGUCUGUCUUUUUACUGUUGUAAAUCUGCUUGCACUGUAUGCUUGAAAAGUGCCAUGCAAAUAAAAGUUAUUUUUUUAUCAUUAUG